GUUUGACAGCUCAGAGGAUACUGAGCAGCAGGAAUCAACCCCGCAGCCUGCAGCUUCACGCAGUUCCUCUCCACGCACUCUCGCUGAUCAAAGUGUCACGCAGCGCCAGGUCCCACUCAGCGCGUCUCCGCAGCAGGUCUCACCUGAGAUCCUCACCUGAGCGCCCCACUUUCUCCAAAACUGGAUUCCCGGAGCUCCUCGCCAUGCAUGCCCGGCUUUAGGUUCUCCAUGGAGCUCUCCAACCUGUACGAGGUGGCGCCCCGGCCCCUGAUGAGCAGCUUGACCCACAGCCAUCAGCCCUCCUCCGGCUACAGAGACCCGGCCGACCUCGGUGGUGACAUCGGAGACAACGAGACCUCCAUCGACCUGAGCGCCUACAUCGACCCAUCAGCCUUCAACGACGACUUCCUGGCCGACUUGUUUCACCACAGCUCCCGGCAGGACAAGCUGAAGAUGAUGAGCGGGGACUAUGACUCUGUGUCCCAGCAGCAGCUCUACAUGUCCGGCUACAUGGACUCCAAGAUAGAGCCCUUCUACGAGCACAACCCGCCGCGCAUCCGCCCGGUGGCCAUUAAGCAGGAACCCCGGGACGAGGAGGACCUGAACCUGACCGUUCCGCCCUCCUACCACCACCCGCACCCGCACUCCCAGUACUCCCAGCACCACCAGCAGCCGCAGCAGCAGCAAAUGCCGCACCUGCAGUACCAGAUUGCGCACUGCGCGCAGACCACCAUGCACCUCCAGCCUGGACACCCGACCCCUCCACCGACCCCGGUGCCCAGCCCUCACCACCAGCACCAGCAGCAGGGUGGCCUGAAGCUGCUGGAGCACCAGCGGGGAGGAGGGAAGUCCAAGAAGCACGUCGAUAAGAGCAGCCCGGAGUACCGGCUGCGGCGGGAGCGCAACAACGUGGCCGUGCGCAAGAGUCGCGACAAGGCCAAGAUGCGCAACCUGGAAACGCAGCAGAAGGUGGUGGAGCUGACGACCGACAACGACAGGCUGAGGCGUAGGGUGGAGCACCUGACCCGGGAGCUGGACACGCUACGGGGCAUCUUCAGACAGCUGCCAGACGGCUCCUUCAAACCCAUGGGGAGCUGAGGGAACCCGACUGCAACUGGACUGGUACUUGCUGGAUUAACUGGGGAGGAGACCAAGGCAGCUGAGGUCUUUACUGAGGAACAUCUGGACAGGUUCUCCUUAGUUAUUCCUCCAGCAGCCAGAAAACGAACCAAAGCGCAGAAAACCGAGCAGACUUGAAACUGCUUUGGUUCGUUUCAGGAUUUGUUUUUCUGAAUGAACUGGACUCAGAACUUGUUACUGGACCUUCAUCUCACUGACUCGCCUCAAAGGAGGGGGAGAGACCCGUUCUGAAGGCUUUUCUCUCAAUGUUUUGUGCCUCUUUGAGAGUUUUGUGCGGAGAGCCGAUAAGCUGAUUCCUGCAGAGCAGCCAGCAGAGCUCUGCUUGUUCUGUGCCUUAUUCUGACCCAGACUGAACAGCUGUCAGAUCCGUGCAGCUAAAGAAGGGCGUCCAUGUUUCCUUCAAUAAUGUGCUUAGUUCUGUAUUAGCAACCAUCUUCAUGUAAUGAGCUGAAACUGAACUGCAAAGUGCUGCAGAGACAGACCCUGCAGCAGGUCUUAAUGAUGGUCCAGACUCACUUUCAUCCCGUCAGACUUAUUUCCCUCACUGUAAAACUUUCUUCCUGCCAGAUGGAAGCGAUGCAGGAUUCACAACUCUGAUUAAAUAUAAAAAGAAAAAUCAGAAAAGUUUUGAAUCCCACAAAAAGCAGUGAGGAAGUUUUCUUUGAUUCCCAAAAAGCGGCUUCCUACAGCAGCUGGUACUGGUUCUCUUGGCCCACCUCAGCUCCUUCAAAGCCAAACUCCAUCUGACUGAAACCAAACCUGUGGUACCUGCUGCUUCAUGCCCUCUGUAGGGGAACCGCUCUGCAGGGACUGAAGCAGUGGUCUCAUAUGCACUAUGACCUGUAGCACCUUGCCUUAGAGACAUGAUGGGUACUGAUCUGGACAUAAACAGAACUCUCUGCACAUAUCCAUGUGUUUUCAUAUGUUGUUGAUUCUUUGCGUAAAUGUGAACAGGGUUUCUAUGCAGGGCGGCUCUUCCUCUUCUCCUCUGGUGAAUCAUCCUCAUACAGUGCCUUCUGAUCGGCCACCGUGACCUUUGACCCGUGACCGAUCACUCUGUCAAGAACCAUUUUCAGGCAUGUGUCAGCGAGGAAGAAGCAAGCACUUUGUUUCUGUGUAUUUCAAUCUUUACGACCCAAGUGUAAAAUAAGUCUAUAUAUAAAUAUAUAUAUGAUUGAAUAUAUAUAUGAAAUACCAAAAAAUCUGAAGCAUUGUAAUAAAAAACCUUGUUUUAUCACA